CGAACCUCGUUUCCGCGAUUUUUCCCGUGCUUCAAAUAAUAUAGAAUGUUCCGGCGGAAUAUUUCGAGUAUUUAUUUGUGGCGGCUUGUAAUGGCAAUGUAACGCCUGUAACCGUCGCGCCUGUCCUAUAGCGUGUCGCAGUUAGGUCAGUAAACAUGCCAGAAUUGACGGAACUUGAUAAAGCUGCGAGCUCAGAACCUGCCAAGGUCGAGAGCCACUUGGUAGGUAUUGGCUCUGGAACUGACUCGGAUUCAGACGACACUAUACCAGAAUUGGAAGAUGCGGGUACUCCAGGCACUGUCGGUUUCCCUGGCACAGCUGUCACGGGACUACCUAUUGAUAUGGUGUCCAAGGCUAAACAGAGCCGCGGUGAAAAGAAAGCGAGGAAGCUUAUGAGCAAAUUAGGAUUGAAACCGGUGCAAGGAGUCAAUAGAGUGACUAUUCGUAAGUCAAAGAACAUUCUAUUUGUUAUAAACAAACCAGAUGUCUUGAAGAACCCAGCUUCUGACACAUAUAUAGUGUUUGGUGAAGCCAAGAUUGAAGAUCUCAGUCAACAAGCUCAGGUAGCAGCUGCUGAGAAGUUCAAGGAACCACCAGUCAUACCAGCAACUGACGCGGGUGGCAGUACUACGGUUGUUGCUCCUAUACAAGAAGAAUCGGAAGAAGAGGUGGAUGAAACAGGUGUGGAGGAAAAAGAUGUUGAUUUGGUUAUGUGUCAAGCUAAUGUGUCACGAGGGAAAGCUAUAAAGGCUCUAAAGAAUAAUCAAAAUGACAUUGUCAAUGCUAUCAUGGAAUUGACAAUGUGAUGAAACUGCUUUAAGCAAGGGUGCGCUACGUGAUAGCUGGCAUUCUGAGAUCGUAAUUUAUCAUACGUACACUAUUGGACAUCAUACUUUUUUUUUUACUUCAUUACAUUGAACGUGACAUUGAGAAAACUGAUCAUACAGACAUUUAUAGUUGUCUCGAAAAUUGAACAUGUAUAUACAUAAAUUCAUGUAAAAGAAUAGAAAUAAAUACCUUAAGGUCAGUGCAUA